AUGUCCAGCCGUCGUCCUGAAAAGUCGUAUGCAGACGCUGUGGCCUCUGCGCCGAAAGAAGCUUCAGCCAACUCUGAUGUCACUCCCGCUGUUCCUGCCAAUGUCAUCUUCAAACUCCUGGCCUUCACUCUCGCCAUGGUCGCUGCUCCGAUUGGCAUAUACUUCUUGACUGUGAACUCCAUUUUCAGCGGAAACUCGACAUGGGCCGGGGUUACAGCGGCAGUGACUGCGAACGUUGUCCUAUUUGCUUAUAUCUUUGUGGCAUGGCAGGAGGACCAAGGAGAGAGAGCUGCGGAGAAUGAAAAGAAAGCCCAGUGA